AUGGAGUUCCAUUUAGCAAAGGGUCUCACUCCCAAUCCCGAUGUUUUAUGCAAUAGUGUUAUUAAAUUUCGUUAUUUUGUAGAAUAUGCCGAGCAAACUUUUGCUCCUGAUUUACUGGCGACCGGUCAUUAUGCCAAAACUGUUUAUGAAAACGAUAUUGAUAGUAAAAAAGUGAUUAGUAAACACCGUGGAACUUAUUACUUUACUAUUGGUCAGCGGCGCAAUUUAGGUCUUAGCGGACAAAAAAGUCCUAGUUAUGUGGUAGGAAAAAUUAAAGAAGAAAAAUUAAAGGAGUAUUUCAGCAAGCAGAAUAUAACGGCUAAAUUUCGUUAUCGGCAACCGGAAAUUCCGGUAAAGAUUAUUACUGGACUGUCUAAUUCACCUGAUAAGUUGUUAGUAGAGUUUGGAGCAAAGCAACGAGCUAUUACUCCCGGACAAUAUGCCGUUUUUUAUCACGAUAAUAUUUGUUUGGGCGGCGGAGUAAUUUUCUAUACGGAAAAAGUUAAUGAAUAUUGUUAUGAAAAAGUUAGAAAAGAAAAUGAAUUAACUACCAAGUUAGAGGAACAGGAAAAGCAAGGUAAAUCCUAUGAAAAAGAAAUAGAGUUAGCCAAAUUUCAUGAGGAACGAGGCAAGAUUAAAUGUGAUUGUUACUCUUGUGAAGCCCAAAAGGAAAUUCAGACCGAAGUCAAAGUCAAAAUAAAAAAAGAAAUGGCUGAUUAUGACUGCCAGAGUGGAGUUAGUGAUAAAGAGCAAUGCCCCGAGUGUAAAAAGUGGGUUAAAGAAUUGGAUGAGGAAAGUGGG